AUGGCUUCUCUUUCACAUCCACUGGAGAUUAACAUUAAAGGAGGUUGUUCUAUCAAACAACCUUCGGUUACACCACAAGCAGCAACAACAAAAUCGAUAUCUUCAAUCACAUUAUUGUCAAAAAAGCGAUCAAGAAAUUUUGAAAAUUUCGAUAAAUCAACUUUUGAUAAGGAUUAUGAAACCUCUAUUUCUAACAGUGUUGAAAAAUCUAUUAUGACUACAACAUCAACAUCAAAGAAAAAUGAAAAACGUGUUAGUGAAUCUAAAUCGGAGACUAAAGUUGAAAAGGUAUUAAAUAUGCGUGUAAGGGAGAGGUCUACACUUGUUUCUUGGUUGAUAAGGAAUCAUGUUUUAUCUCAGGGGACUAAAGUAUCUUGUCGUGGUAGAAAUAAUAUUGUCAAAAGAGGGCGUUUAUCUUAUGAUGGUAUAGUUUGCGAUUGUUGUCAAGUUAUUUUUUCUAUCACUAAAUUUGAGGCUCAUGCUGAUUGUACAAGACAUAGACCAUCCACUAGUAUUUUGUUGGAAGAUGGAAGAUCAUUGUUAAAAUGUCAAAGGGAUGCUUUGAAUUCGCGUGAUCAAAAUAAAGAUCAUUUUGUUGUUGAAGAAAAUAACGACAGUGUUUGUUUAGUUUGUGGUCUUGGAGGUAACAUAAUUCUAUGUGAUCGAUGCCCUUCUUCGUUUCACCUUUGUUGCUUAGGACUCGAUCAAGUUCCCGAAAAUGAUUGGUUCUGUCCAAGUUGUUGUUGCAAAGUAUGUCGACGACCCAAAUGCAAACAAGAAUGUAAAGAUCACAUGGAUAAUAUUGUUCUUGUUUGUGCUCAAUGUGAGAAAAAGUAUCACUUUGGAUGUUUAAAGUUUAUAAACUUUGGAUUAUGGUAUGUGGAGAGUAAUAAGAAAAAGAAGGAUUGGUUUUGUAGUUUAGUUUGUGGAAACAUAUUCUUAGACCUAAUGAAGUUGUUAGGGAAACCAAUUGAGGUUGCGGACAACAUAACUUGGACAUUAGAGAAAAAUGUGAGUAGUGUUAUAAAUGAUGAUGGUCAAGAUUUUUCCUCUAAUAAGUUUAGUCAAAAGAAGAGUAAGUUGAAUGCGGCUCUUGGUUUAUUGUAUGCGAGUUUUAACCCAAUUAUUGAUGUUUUAUCAGGAAGAGACUUAAUUAAAGAUUUGAUUUUUAGUAGAGAAUCAAAAAACAAACGCUUGAAUUUUUCUGGGUUCUUUACCGUGAUUUUAAAGAAAAAUUGUGAGGUGAUUUCGGUGGCAACUAUAAGGAUUUACGGUCAAAAUGUUGCGGAGAUAGUUUUCGUGGCCACCAAGAAACGAUAUCGAGGACGUGGAAUGUGUCGUUUGUUACUGAAUGAGCUUGAGAAACAAUUGGUUGCCUUAGGUGUUGGGAGCUUGAUUUUGCAUUCCUCUGAGGAUGCAAUAAAUACUUGGACAAAAUCGUUUGGUUUUGUUAGAAUAACUCCUAAAGAUAAAAGUCAAUUUAUCGAUCAUACUUUUUUAGAAUUUGAGAACACUAUCAUGUGUCUUAAAUCUUUGAAAUGA